AUGAGUGCGAUGCCACCACUCGUUGACGUUGCGUGGGACGUUGAGCCGCGUGUGAAGAACACCAUAGAACCAAGUUUAGCUUCUGGGACCUCGGCAGUGACAAGGUCAUGGUCCCACGUCGACCGUGCAACUCUCUUCGCAACGUUUGCCGCCACCUCCUUUGGGUACGCUUUCUUUGGUAACCCCCUGUUUCUUGCUGUGGCUAGGCAGCAGUGCAGCACGGCGCGGCUAACUGUACGGCAGGUGCUGCAGGAGGUCUACACGCAACAUGGCUACCGGGGCCUCUUUCGCGGCGCCGGUGUGGCUGCCUCGGGAGCUGUCAUUAGUGAACUCGUCUAUUACCUCGUUGUGGAGUACGGAAAGGAAAAUUUGCCGUUGCCAACAAAAGAGCAGCGAAGCCUCACUGCUGGCUUCGCUGCCGACUUCAUCUCUGGACCUAUCUUUAAUCCAUUCGCUGUGGUGUCGCAGGUGCAGAUGGUGGCGGAUUCUUGUGGCGGGGAGCACCGCUAUGGGAACGGGUACCACACAACGCGGGUGGUGGUGGCGGAGCAGGGAUGGCGUGUGCUGUUCCGUGGCACGCUCUUGACAAUGGUGGUCUCUCCCUUUACCGGAGCAUGGUGGCUUGUCUAUGAGCUGCUAAAGCAGAGGUCGUACGGCCUUGUCUCGCGUGCCGCACCUUUAUUGCGGGCUGUUACUCCUGAUGAGGCGCGACAAAAACUGCCUGUUUGUUUCACCUCCACAAAGGACAACAUUCUUGUCAACUGUGUUGUGGGGGCCUUGUCAAGCAUAGUCAUUGGUGUCCUGUUAAACCCGUUGUAUGUCUUGCGGCUUCGGCUGCAGGUCAUGAAAAAAUUGCAGUGUGAACGCUUUCCAUCGUUUUGGAUAAUGCGGAAUAUUCUUCGUGAAGAGGGUGUCCAGGCGUUUUUUAAGGGCUUGCGUGGAAACCUGUUUAUGGCGGUCCUUGGUGGUUCUGCCUUUGGGAUGACGUACGAGGGCGCGAAGCAGUUUUCGGAUAUCACGGAAGGUGGUUCUGUGGCUUUUAGCACGCAGGAGGUUGGGUCCAGAUAA